AUGUCUACUCGAGGACGCGGUCGUGGCGGCGGUGCUAAGCCAAACGACAGAACUUCCUCAUCAUCAUCUGCAACUUCAUCUCGUAGUGCAUCAUUAACACAUCCAACAACUUCAACAACAACAACAACUCAGGAUACUGAUAAAUUAAUGAAACAAUUAACAAAUAAAUUAGGUGCUGGCACUGGAACUGGUGCUAGUGCACGUCCUACACCUAAAUUUACACCAAAUUUAACUGCUUCAAAAAAUAAAGAUAAAACUGAUUCUCCUGUUAAUAUCUCACCAUCCAGCUCAAAUAAUGAUUCAUCAUCAAUGAAUAGAAGAGAUAAUUUUAAUGGUAAUCGAGGUCAUAAUCCUCGUGGCGGAGGUGGUUAUGGUCGUGGUGCUCAUAAUAAUCGUGGAAAUUUUGUGCAAAUGGAAGGUAUCUUUCAAGGUAAUGCUCAAAUACCUACAUCAUCAGCAACAGCAUCAUCAUCUUCGUCUCGAAUGUCAUCGAUUAAAACUGAAAAUUCAAAACUAAAUACAAGAAUGCCUAAUUUGAAAAACAAACUUGGAUCAGCUAAAACAUUAAUUGGUGAUGUCGAUGGUCUUAAAUAUGAAAUUGAUGAAGAAUAUGAACCACGUCAAAUUCCAAUAGCUGAACGAAGAUCUGUAUUUGAUGUUAAAAAAGAACCAGGACAGAAUCAAAAAAUUAAAGAACCUAUUUCAACAUCUUCAAAACAUAUUGAUUCAUUUAUAGAAUUAUUUACUCAACAAAAACUACAAACAUCAACAAAAUCAAUUGUUAAAGAUGAACCAAUUGAACCAACAGAUAUUCCUAAAUCCGACGAACCUAUAUUUGAUCCAUCACAACUUAUUCUUAUGCAAUUUCCCGAUGUUUUACCAUGUACACGUACAUCAUCAUCAUCAACAAAACCUGAAUUAACUUCAUUAAGUGAUUUACCAGAUGGUUUUCUUGGUAAAUUACAAAUAUAUAAAUCUGGUAAAUGUCGAUUAAAAUUAAAUGAUGAUACAUAUCUUGAUGUUGAUAUUGGACAACCAACAUCAUUCUUACAAAAUGUUAUGGUAACAGAAAUGGCGUCAACUAAUAAUAAUAAUACAACUGAACAUGGAACAAAUAAUGAUAUGAAUAAACUUGUUUGUCUUGGUGAUAUUAAACAUAAACUUAUUGUUUCUCUUGAUGUUGAUCAUGUUCUUCAAGAUACUAGACAAUAA